UUUAUAAAUUUCCACUCUUCUUUGUACUCGUUACGUCACAGAUAAAUAACGUGCUAAAACACGUGCGCUCUGCACAGAUUUAUUCAUAAAAAGAAAAUGGUUCGUGCUUGGUAUAUGGACGAGAGUGACACCGAUCAACGACUGCAACACCAUAAAGAACCGCCUGAAUUUCUCUCCCUGGAAGACUUGUUCAGAAGAACUGGAGUCGAAUAUUUUAAGAUCAAUUGCAAAAACUACGAAAAUGAUGAUACAUUGAAGGAAUUAAAAACGAAACGUGGUUAUACGUACGAGGAUGAAAUAAAAUGUUCCAAAGACUGUCUUCCUAAUUAUGAAGAAAAACUGAAGAAUUUUUUUACCGAACAUCUUCAUACGGACGAGGAAAUAAGAUUAGUUUUAGACGGAUCAGGAUAUUUUGAUGUUAGAGAUAAAAAGGAUCAAUGGGUGCGCGUCGAAGUUACGGCUGGCGAUUUGAUAAUUAUCCCUAGCGGAAUAUAUCAUCGAUUUACUCUGGACAUCAAUAAUUAUAUUAAAGCAAAACGUUACUUCGUGGGAGAACCUGUUUGGUUGCCUUAUAACAGACCAGCCGACGAUAUGGAAUGCCGUAAAAAGUAUCUCGAUCGUUUGCAUAAUGAUUUUCAAGCACAAUUUGUUUAACAUUUAUUAUCAAAGCUGCUGCUAAUAUGUACCAGGGGUUAAAAACAGUUGUGAGAUUCAAAAAUAUGUUAUGGAUAUAUCGAUUUCAAUUUAUACAGGUUUUACGGUUUUGUAUUCUAGAUUAACUUUUUUGCAGAUCAUAUUCGUUUGUUUCAAAUCAAAUUCACGUUGUGGGUGACUCAAAAGCGAGCUAAUAUAAUAUUUUAUUAGGCUAAAACAGACGUAUUUGUAACAUUAACAUAUUUUUGGUUCUCACGACAGUUUUAUUUCAGUUUGAAACUGUUAUUUCUGGAAUCGUUUCAACGAUCGACAUAUACUUUAAAAAAAAAUAUAAAGCAAAUAAAAUGAGUGUUCGCAACGAAGUUCCAUCUAAUAAUGGAAAUAAUAUUUUAAUACA